AUGUCAGGAAGAAGACAGCAGAAGGUGCUUAUUCCACCGAUUAAUUUGAUAUUCAAAUACUUGCAACAACAAUCAACUGUGUCAAUUUGGUUAUUCGAACAAAUUGAAUUCAGAAUUGAAGGUAAAAUAAGGGGAUUUGAUGAAUUUAUGAACAUAGUGGUUGAUGAAGCAUUUGAAGUUAGCCAAAAAGAUGAUACAAGAACAGAACUAGGCAGAAUACUAUUGAAAGGUGACAACAUAACGUUAAUUUCAAGUUUGGAAGCUUAG